AUGUUUAGACACAGCCGGGAAAUUAUAAGAUUACCCACUGAAAAGACAUUAACAGAGCAAUCAAAUCAUAUUUACGAGUAUAAUUGCAACUUGUGCGAUGAGGGUGGCUGGUCUAGUGAGACGGAGGUCGCAUUCCAUGGAAAAGUACGCCACAAAGAAGAAUUUGAAGAUCUUGUGAAAUCAAGCUCAUUUGCCAACCCUGUUUGUUUGAAAGAAAUGAAGGUUCAUAUACGGAGAGAUCACAAAUCAACUUAUGUGGAACCGAAAAAGAAAUUUUACUACUGCAUGUGCGGCGAAGAGUUUCGAAACGCUGUAUUAUUGAAGCACCACGUGUUCAAAAUGAAGAAUUCCGAUCACUACGAAAUAAGUGAGUAG